AUGUUCACGAAUAGACUAUAUAUAAAGUCGCUACUGAGACGUAGUAAAAGAAUAAGUCUUACGAAAUUCAAUUCCACUUCAGCCACCCCAAAUUCAUAUUUCAAAUUAUUCCCUAAAUCAUUUCCAAAUGGAGGACCACCAAAUGAUUCAUUUUUGAUCAAUGAAAAACAGUUACGUAGAGAAUAUCGAGCUUUACAAAGUAUAAACCAUCCAGACAUAUCAUCGACCACAGACAAUUCCACCAAUAUAAACAAAGCAUUCACAAACCUAAAAAACCCCUACCUUAGGUUAGCACAUUUAAUAAAAUUAGACACAGGAAUUGAUAUUCAAGACGACUCCGUGUCCAAAAAAUAUAUAGCCGAUUUCCAAAAUUCAAAUAAUGAAAAUUCUUUGAUAUACAAAAACAUGUUAUUACAAGUAAUGGAAGCCCAUGAACAAUUAGAAUUGAGUGAACUGGAAAAAGAAUUAGAAAAUUUAGAAUUAGAAAAUAAUGAGAGAAUUGAUGAAAGUUGUGACAAAAUUGAAAAAGAGUUACACCAGAAACCAAUUGAUUGGGAUGAAGUCAUUAUUGAUGCUAUAAAAUUAAAAUAUUGGGUUAAUAUUCAAAAUGGUAUUAAGGAUUGGGAACCUGGUAAACCGGUUCAUCUUACUCAUUAA